GGAUUUUUUCUCCCCAGGAUGGAAACUAAGAGCCUCUUCCUAAGCCUAUUGCUCUGCUACAGUUUGCUCAGAGCUGCCAGUUCUCACCUGGUAAUCGAGGAGAAGACAGAAUGCAACCUGUCAAAGAACAACAAAAUGAACCUCCCAGACCUCCCACCCAUCUCCAUCGUAGAUUUAACUAAAAGAUCCCAGAAAGUCAGCAGAAAAGAGGCAGAGAAUAAGAAAUCUUCCAAGAAAAAUGCUGAACUGAAGAAACCUCCAAAACCAAGGCCCACACCUGCUGCUGACUGCGUGCCAAACUUCAAAACCUGCAAACCGCACUUGAAUUCCUGUUGCAACUACUGUGCCUUGUGCAAAUGCCGAAUUUUUCAGACCAUCUGCCAGUGCCUAUUGUUAAACCCAAAGUGCUAAACCAAACCAGGAACGUAUUAAGGCUGCUGUCUUUUCAUUAGCUUCUCAAGUGUAUAUGUCAAACUGCCUAAUGCGCGUAGCAAUCGAAGUAGAGAGCUUUGAAGUUGAUAGGUUGGAUUUCUUUCUCUUCAAUGGACAGUUAUUUUCUUCAUGGGGUUGAUGCUGUCAUAAACAAAAUGGGUUUUUUAGGAAGCUGACAACCGGGAAGAUAGACUUUGAACAGGCAUUCUUGGCAAAACUAACUUGCAUUUAAGGAGAAUUCUCGGUACUCAGUGUUUGGGGAUUUUUAGGGUUGUAAUUUGUUUUUUGUUUGUUUGCUUGUUUUCCUUUUUUGGUUGGUAGCUGGGUUUUUUUCUUCUUUUCUUUGAGAAGGGUUUUAUGAACCAAAUAUUUCAGUAUAGUCUAACCAGCACUGCAAAACCUGCCCACAAUCUGCCACACUGAAAUAGGACUUCUCAAUCUCAUGUGAGACCAGAGCCGAGGUUUGCCCUCAAGGACAGCACAGCACAGGCUUCCAGCAGAUCCAAUAUGUAAACUGAAAAUGCAGGUUUCGUGGUUAACUCACCCCUCACACAUUCCACAAAAAUUAGGACUAAAAUCUUUGUAGGUUACUCUAGCUGAAGGCUGUAGCAGCAAACUUUGGCUCGAAACAAGACAUCUUCCUCUUCUUGUGGAAGCUCUGUGCCUUAAUACUGAGUUAUCCCAGCAGAGAACCUUCCCUGGCUAAGCUACCAGGAGAAAGGUCGUAGGAGAGCAAGGAGGGAGCAGACCUAGAAGUGCCCAACACUGAAGACUGUUCAUCUGCCAGACUCCAGCUCUCCUGCUUUCCACCUUUUCUGUUCUGCAUCUGCCAUAUUCCUCUCUUUCCCCAGAGCGUAUGCAUUCUUUUUCCUCCCAUGGGCCUCUCUUGAUUUUAGUCUUUACCCUUCCUCCCACAUUAUGGUUAGUCGCCUGAGGAUCCCUGAAAUGCUCUGCAGUUCCAAUUUGAAGGAAAUUUCUCAGCUGAUUUAUUUCUAAGAGCAGCUGAGGGCUACAAAAUCUUCCAGGCGGGCAAAGACAAUAUAGAUGAUAAAUAGUCUUUAAAGUGGCUCAAGCCUUCUAACAUCAAUUCAAAGCCCAGAGCUUUAAAUAUAGGCUGGGUGUUGACAGAAAUGUCUGUUCACCGUCUUAGAGAGAUGUACAGUUGACAGAGAGUUUAAUCUAAGAGCCUGAACGAUGGCAGGAUGUCACUCUGUUCCUCAUCCAGCUGUCAUGUAUAAUGCAGGUUUGAAUUCUUUUAAAUGUGUGUUACUACUUCUUUUAAUCAGAUAUCUUGGCUCAGGAAUCCAUGAGCUGUGGUACAAAGAGGAGGAGAAGAAAUACAACAUGGUGCUGGGUUUGGGAACAGAAUGUGACCCCUUCUUUUCCUAGGGGAGCUGUACAUUCUUGACAGGCUGUUCCAAAGUUUUCAUGAGAAAGCGUCCUCAGCUGAUAUUAAAAUGAUAUCCGUAAUGACACAAUUUCUACCACGGAAACAAGUACUUGUCUAAUCACAAGAGGCCACAGAAACUGUGUUUUAACAGGGUGAAUGGAAGCGACGGAGGAAAUGGAAAGAAAGAGAGCCAAAAGUCAAACAGCUUGUGCUGCUCUCUCAACAACAGCUCCCACUUCAGCUUGGUUUUCGCUAAGGCUGGGCAGCGCUGAGACCCAGAGUGAGGAGUGAGAGACACAGAAGCUGACCCAGCUUGUCCAGGGCAUGAAAGAAAGACUCUUCCAUAUGAGAAUAAUGAGAUUUGUUGUGGAACAUAUAGCACUUACUUUGUAAUAUAGCAUUUAUGCAUAGUGUGUUUUGACAGAUUCGGUUUAUUAAUAAGCCUUCCUUUUGUUUGUUGGAAUUUAUUAAGAAGAGAUGAUGCUUUCUUUGCCAUUCAUCUAUCACACCAAAUAAUACAUACGAUCAGGUACUCUGAAAUCAUUAGCCUACUUUUCUGGCUAAAGAUCACAUUGCAUGAGGGUAGAAUACAGAAAUCUGUAAGAUACGUACAUCUACUAUAUGCUUCCUGUAUUUAGUUUCAACAAGUAUUUAUGCUAAAGAGUUGGUUUUAUAUGUAAGGGUGCCCUAAGGGAGAUGUCAUCAGCACAGAGGUGACAACACAUACGCAUGACAAACACAGAGUGUUUAAUUUUGUCACAUAGCAAAAUGUCUUCACAAAUGACCUACUGAAAUAUAAGUUUAGUAACAGACCCUGUAAUGCUCUGAGACACAGAGAGAUCUCACUCCUGGAGACCAAUGCAAAUGUUAUCUGGAUUACAACUGAGUAGCAUUAAGUACAAAUAAAUCAUUAUUAGCUAUUCCAAUUAUUGCCUCUCUUGUGGGAAUUUAAAACAGAUAUGGUAUUUUCCCAUCUCAAGCUCCAACUUGAUUUCUUACUGUCACCUUCAGAGACCAGAAAAUCCAAGUUGAUCUGGGUGGCUAAAACAAAUGCUAGAAUUAACAUCUUACAGACUACCAGCUCCAGUACCUCAGUAAUUAGCUGGAGAAAGUGUUAGGAGACCCCAAAA